AUGUAUGAUCCCAUCUUUUCCAAAAGCUUUACUCGAAACGAGCGCAAUAGGUUUGGAGCAAUCUUUUUGUGCUUCAUUAUUGCAUUGGCCAUUUCCUUGAGCUUCAAGCCUCCUUUGCAUCUCAUUUCACCGAUUGGUUAUGCUGUAAAAACGCAGUUAUCCAUCAAUAACAUGGGAAGCAUGCUUCUGGUUGAUGAUGGCAGCAGAGCAAACAUCAAACCUAUUGCAGUUGUCAAUCCAGCCGAAUAUCUGCAGUUGCCGAGUGAUGCUGCUCAAACUAACCACACAAGCACCACCACAUCAACAUAUUCCGACCAUGGUAUGAAGAUUGAGAGAAAGCAUGCAAUAAAAUGCACAAACUCAAAUUAUUGCAAAAUAGAAGGUGACAUAAGGAUCGACGCCAAAUCCUCCACAGUAGUCGUCGCAACGACCUUUGCAAACACCACCAAAUCAUGGCUUGUCGUCGAGCCUUACCCUCGAAAGGGAACGUCGCAAGUCAAGAAAUGGAGAGCCAUCACUCUCAAUGAAAACGACACUAGUCUCCCAAAAUGCACUCACCACCACACCCAUCCAUCAAUCCUCUUCUCAAUGGGAGGAUUCACCGGAAACUAUUUCCACGAUUUCGCAGACGUCUUGUUUCCAUUGCAUCUCACUUCUUCCCAAAUCCAAGAGAAUGUUCAGUUCCUCGCAACCGAUUACAACCAAUGGUGGAUAAAUAAAUUUGACAAAAUUCUAAACAAAUUGACCAAACACAACAUAUUAGACAUUGACAAAGAGACAUCACAUGUCCAUUGCUAUAACCAAUUGCAAAUUGGCCUCAAAUUUCACAAAGAGCUCGUAACCCUAAACCCUGACCCUAAUCCGUCAAUGCACACCUUCAGGGUACUUCUGAGAGAGGCCUACUCCCUCAAGAGAGAGAGAACGAUAGUCAGAGACGUCUACUCGCCUCUGCCUCGUCUCAUGAUCAUAGAUAGGAAGCGGACGAGGGUUUUGACAAACGCGCACCAAGUCUCGAGAAUGGCUGGAAAAUUAGGGUUUGAGGUUGUGGAGGGGGUGGCGGCGGAUUUAUCGAGGUUUGCGGAGGCGGUGAACUCGUGUGACGUGCUGGUGGGAGUGCAUGGGGCCGGGCUGACGAACAUGGUGUUCUUGCCGGAUAAUGCGGUGGUGAUUCAAGUUGUUCCAUUUGGAGGAGUUGAUGGAUUUGCGAGGCUUGAUUUCGGGAAUCCUGCAAAGGGGAUGGAUUUGAGGUAUUUGGAGUAUAAGAUAAGAGAGGAUGAGAGCUCUCUUAGUAGAAAAUAUUCGAGAGAUCAUCCGGUUUUGAGGAAUCCGGAAUUGUAUAGGAAUUGGGAUCAAGUGUGGUCAAUUUAUUUGAAUCAACAGAAUGUCAGUGUUGAUUUGCAUAGGUUCAAAGGGAUUUUGGUUAAGGCCCUCAAGCUAUUACGCAAUAGGUAGUAGGGUUUUGGAGAGAGGUGUUAGAAAAGGAAUUCUCUCACCAUUGGUAAUGAUAUAUGCAAUUAUGUUCAAGCGUUACACAUGUGUAAUUUAUUAAUCAGAUACUGGAAUAUGGCUUCUAUAAGCUCGGUAUUAUGAAGCAAUGUACUAUAUGAUCUUCUUUAUAAGUUGAGUGUUUUCUUCUUCUUUGAGCUAGAAACAUAU